AUGUCAUUCGAUUUCGAUCUGACCGCUCCAUUCCAAACUGCGUUCACAACUCGGGACCAACACGAGCAUCGUCAUAAAGUUAGACCAGUUCAGAUCAUCGCUCCAUCCAAGUGCUCUAAAUUCUGUGCUCGGCCAUUCAGCAUGUGCUAA